UCUCCAGGUAAGCGGAUUUAGAGACAGAAAAAUAACAACAAAAUAACAUCUGUCUCACUGACUUCGAUUCUACUGAAAAACUGAUUUAAACAUAAUAACCGAACGUUUUUAAAUCAAAGUAUAGAAUUAAUGCCAAUAACGAUUCUAGUCAUCGAAUAAAUAUAUCAAUAGGAAGCGACGCCCACUGGAUUGGCGAAACAGACGUUCCAAAGAUACUGUUGGUGGCGUAUUAAGAGUGGGAAAAUUACCGCUUGAGCUCGUGGGGGUUCUUUCCAACGAACACCUCUCUCCAAAUCUGCCUGGUGCAAGAAGAGAGAAUGUUUUCUGUCUUUUACUUAGUGUCAUUUCAUUACUAUAAGCCGACACAAAGUGAGAAACCACUGUUCGAGAGAGUGUAUGGAAGAGAAAAAAAAACCACCAGUGUUUUCUGAUAGAAUACUAGAUUCUCCUUCAAAUUGUUGUAGUUGCGAGCGAAAAACAAGAAGAAUUAGACCUCUCAACAAAAGUUGCUUUACACUUCAUUUCACACACUGCUUGAAUCGAAGACUCAAAUAAUGCUUCCAAAUUUUGGCUUUACUCAACAGAUGUAAAAUAACGUGAGGGAUGCUGACGAAUAAUGUUAAGUUGGGCAAGAUUCAGAUAUCUCGUGAUUCAUUUCGGCCGAAUUCUUUGUAUCAGAUUUUUAGUGUGACCAUCGAGCCCUUUAUACCGCCCUAGAGUUAUAAGAAUAAACGAGUUAUGCUUAAUGUGAGGUUUAAUUUGCAAACGUGGUUUUAAUUAUAUCAUCUGAUAAAAAGGGACUGUUUUUAUCACUUCGUUUUGGAGUUAAAAUACCAUUUUCAGUCCAAUUUGAAGAUCGCAGUGAACUCUUGAAUUUUUUUUUUAACCUUGAGGGUCAAUGAAUUUGAACUAAUUGCAUGCACACAGCGAAACUUCGAGUACUUGUCUCUUGACGUGUUUAUUAAAAAUGCGAGCUUUUGUUUCACGGCAAAUACACCAAUCAUAUUUUGAGAGUUCAACCAUAUCCACGAGCAAUAAACACUUGUGAUAUUUUGGGGAAUAGUUGACACUGCUGUUGCGGGAACAACACAAACUGAGUGAAAUUUUGCUUUACCCGUAAACUAGGCAAAUAAAGUGGGAAUGUAAGGUGUGAAUCGAAGAGGUACUUGUUGACGCAGUGUUUGGAAAGCAGUCAUUGGAAAAAUAACGCUUGAGGUGUUAAAGAAACCGCUCAAGUUUUGGACGAAAUAUUGGUUUUGUUUAUCAAGGGCGAGAUUACGUCCCCAAAAGCUACAACUUAAAAGCACUGGAGAAAUGAGACUCAUCACAGGAAGUUUCCUUCUUGCCAUUUUCUUUACCUCCAAGCAAGACGAAGCGUUUGCCAAUGAUUUGGGGUCAGUUUCGUCGUGUUUUCCAACCGAAAUGAGGAUAGUAGUGAACUUAACUAAAAAUCCUGAUCUAGUUGUCUCCGAAAUGCAUCUCAUCGAUACCAAGUGCAAAGUUACGGAUAACAACGCAACCCACGCCAGGUUCGAUAUACCUCUAAAUGACUGCGGAACGACUCGGGAUGGCUCGAAUCCCGAUUACAUUGAAUUCUCCAAUGCUGUAAAAUGGAGUCCAAAACCUGUUGGGGAUCAGCUGCAAACGCGCAAGUACGAUUUUGAGUCUCGUAUCAUCUGCAGGUAUGAUCGUAAUGGUUCUGCAUCUGUUUCCAUAAAGCCUGAGCAGGAAAUCACCGUCAGUCAAACAGUGUAUGGGAAAUUUUCGUUUGAAAUGGAAGUAUUCAGUGACGCAGAAAGGACCCUCAAGUUAAACCGAGACCUUCCCGUAAUACCCGGAACACCGUUACACUUCAGAGUACAAGUUUUGUCAGCCGAUUCAGCUUUGAUUCUUCAUCUCGACAAAUGCUGGGCAAGAAACCAGGAUUUUACUGGAUCGCACGAAUUUAUCGAAAAAGGCUGCAAUAAUGGCAAAGACAAGACUCUGGACUACGACUGUGCCAAUUCAACCAUUCAGGAUUUCCAGAUAGAUGCCUUCCGCAUUCUGAAUUCCCCGACUGAUUUCGUCUUUUUCUUCUGUGACGUCAUCGUCUGUCUUGAAAAAGCCAAUGCCUCGUUGUGCACUGACCGCUGUAACAAUUGUACAGCAGGUUCGAAUGGAGGAUCCAGGAAGAGGAGGAGUGUGGAAGAGGAGUCUGAUUAUAAAUACGACCCAGGAUCCAAAACGUUCUCUCUUGUUGUUGGUCCUUAUUUGGUCAAAGAGCAAGAUGAUGGAAAAGAUCAAAAGUCAAAGGAUGAUGAUGAUCAGACGGAGGUGGAAGAAGACGAGCUUUCCUCGACCAUGAUAAUAGUGCUGUGUGUGACGAGCUUUGCAGCUAUUGUCCUGAUUUGGGUCACGAUUAUGGUAAUCGUUUGGUUCAAACGCUGGUCAGCUAAAAAUACAGCCGAGCAUGCGCAGGCAGGCAUACCAAGGAGACCGAAAGCUUUUAAACUGUAGGCUGAUAGAGAAGCAUAUAAUUCUUACACAUUGCCAGAUUUGGACUGAGAAAGUCGAUCGUAAAACGGUUGUUUGAAAACGUCUUAGCUGAUAUUUAUCAACAUGUUAACCUCUUUUUGACCAUAUUUUAGCUUUUUUAUCUUUUAUAUCUGUUAUUUUUCUAAGGAGUAUUAUUAAAUACUUUUCUGUCUUUGGUACUCAGGUACAGCUAGUCCGUUUUAGAAACCUAAGAUCAAUAAUCAGUGCGCCAAAGGUGCGCCCAGAUUUUUUUCCCGGCUUCUUUAUGGGCGAACAGAGCCUACAAGCGCGAUGCGAACGCAUAGAUCGAGUCAGGCACGAAAUUAGGAUAUAGGAACGCUUGGGGUCCCCCUUUAUCCCUACCUGUACGCCUGUUAUGCAAGCUGUAGAAAAGGGAGAAGGCUGAUAGGGGGAACCGCAGUAUCUGAAACCCCUAAGUCAUGUUAGCGCUUGUUCCCAGUGAUCCGUUUCUUGCCCAUCCUCGAUAGCUUUUAAUUUUUUGUAGGUACUUGAUGAAAAUAAAGGCGGCGGACCCGCUAAAAAGCAGCGGUGGAGCUUUGAGUGGUUUGUCUAGUUUUCCGUCCAGAUCGCAAACAAAAGGCUGCAUACCACGCAAACUAGCUACCUUUCAGAUGUCAAUAUUUAGUCGCUCUCGAGCUAUAGUAAGGAUAGCCUGUUCCGGGCGUUCAGUCCGUAAGCUGCACGAAAGUAGAAGUGAAGAAACGAGAGAGGUUUGGGUCGGGUUGCAGAUUGUAGCCCGACCCAAGCCUCCCCCUUUUUUUCUCUCCUCCAUUGCUAUCGUGCCGUCUACUGUAUCGCUCAGUGUAUCGCAUUUAACAAACUGGACGCCUCUAACAGACCUUAGCAAGGAACACACAUCACGCGAACAUUUUUACAACACAAAAGCCUUUCUGCUGCAUAACUCCACUAGCGAUAAAAGCAAUUUCUAAUUUACUACUGAAGCAACCAGGUCUAAAAGAAAUUACAAGCUUUUAGAGGCGAGCUUUAAAUUUGUAUGACUGUAUAUUAAUUUGGAGAAUUUUGAAUUGGAUCAACUGAUAAUCUCCUUAUUAAAUUUUUUUAAAAUUCUC